GAUUGGGCGAUGGAAAAAUAGUGUGCCAAGCGUUCGCGCACGGUGGGCGGGAAUUGGGUUGUUUAUAAACCCGGUGAGCGCGCCGUGGGCGGGAAUAUAAGACGGUGAAACUGAAGUCAGACAGAGAGAGAGAGAUAGAGAGAGAGAACGAACAGGAGAGAGAAAGGAGGACGCGGCGACAGAAGCAGCGGUGGCUGGAGCUCACUGGAGCUUGUAGGAGGAAGCGCGGCGUCCCCUGCCCCUCCAUUCCAGCACCUGUAUGGAGGACCACCUCAGCCUCCUUCACUCGCCUCCGCCUUCUUCUACCAAGCAUGGCAAAAACAACAACAUCAUAAACCCCGGUUACACCGAGGCCGAGCAGGACACCAUGACAGUGGUCACAUGUGACAACAUGCUGGAGGAAACGGCAGGGCUCCCGGGACACCACUCCUUGGACCGCUACGAGUCAGGAAACGAGUGCUGCGAGAGGGUGGUCAUCAACAUCUCGGGUCUGCGCUUCGAGACUCAGAUCAAAACUUUAUCCCAGUUCCCCGAGACCCUGCUUGGGGACCCCAAGAAGAGGAUGCGCUACUUUGACCCCCUACGAAACGAAUACUUCUUCGAUAGGAACAGGCCCAGUUUCGAUGCCAUUCUGUAUUACUAUCAAUCCGGCGGGCGUAUCAGGAGACCCGUUAAUGUCCCCAUUGACAUUUUCUCUGAAGAAAUCAGGUUUUAUGAACUUGGAGAGGAAGCUAUGGAGAAAUUCCGUGACGACGAAGGGUUUAUCAAAGAGGAAGAGCGCCCUUUGCCUACAAAUGAGUUCCAACGGCAGGUGUGGCUAUUGUUUGAAUACCCGGAGAGCUCAGGGCCAGCCAGGGGCAUCGCUAUAGUUUCUGUGCUGGUCAUUUUAAUCUCCAUCGUUAUAUUUUGCCUGGAAACCUUGCCCGAGUUCCGGGAUGACAAGGACUACCGCGGUCCUCUAGAGCCGGUGAUAAAUGGAACCUCCCCUUACCUGAGCAGCACUUUCACAGACCCCUUCUUUGUGGUGGAGACGCUCUGCAUAAUCUGGUUCUCCUUUGAACUGCUGGUGAGGUUUUUUGCUUGCCCCAGUAAAGCCACCUUUUCCAAAAACAUCAUGAACAUCAUAGACAUCGUGGCUAUCAUCCCCUAUUUUAUCACCCUGGGUACGGAACUGGCCGAGCGCCAGGGGAACGGGCAGCAGGCCAUGUCCCUGGCCAUCCUCCGGGUCAUCCGGCUGGUGCGCGUCUUUCGGAUCUUCAAGCUGUCCCGGCACUCCAAGGGGCUGCAGAUCCUGGGGCAGACCCUCAAGGCCAGUAUGCGGGAGCUGGGGCUGCUGAUCUUCUUCCUUUUCAUCGGGGUCAUCCUCUUCUCCAGCGCGGUCUACUUCGCAGAAGCUGACGACCCUUCGUCUGGCUUUAGCAGCAUCCCUGAUGCUUUCUGGUGGGCCGUGGUAACCAUGACAACCGUCGGCUACGGAGACAUGCACCCGGUCACCGUCGGAGGGAAAAUAGUCGGGUCACUGUGUGCAAUUGCUGGGGUGUUAACCAUUGCCUUGCCUGUGCCAGUUAUUGUCUCCAACUUUAACUAUUUCUACCACCGGGAGACGGAGGGCGAGGAGCAAGCGCAGUACUUGCGCGCUGGCAGCUGUGAGCACCUAUCCUCUGAAGGGGAGCUCAAAAAGGCUCCCAGCACUUCUUCUUUGAGUAAAUCGGAAUACAUGGUGGCGGAGGAAGGGCUGAACAGUGCAUUCAAACAGCCUUUCACAAGCAGCAACUGCACCCCAAACAACUGCGUGACCGGCAAAAAGAUCUUCACCGACGUUUAAAAACGAGCGUAACAGGAAUAAGCUUUCUUAAAAACAAUACUACUGCUACUAUGAGUAAUCGUGACGUGUCAGUGCAGUUAUGUUGUGUGGAGGCGACGUCAUAGGUGUAGUAAACGUGUCUGCUUCGUGGUCAAGUUCAUUCGCGCUAGAAUAACUACAUAGACUCGAGGAUUUUGCUAGUUCAUAAUUAGGAUCUGUUAUCACUGUGAGCAAUCCAGUAACGUCGGCUUUCUGUUGGUUUCUUUUUAAUGGCCGAGGCGCUGUGUGUUAAUUCAAACCGUAGCCUAAUGUUGAAAUUGCGUAUUUAGUCUGUAGAAAGCGUAUCUGUGAGAAAAAAAAGUAUUUCAAUGAAAAACAACGCAAAAGAUAAUUGUGCGUAAGUAAAACAAGUAAGCGAUAAUAGAUAUGUGUUUAUUACAAUAGUGUGAGCUCUGUGAUUUAUUAAUGUUAUAAAAUGCUGGAUUGUUAAUUGGGAAAGACAAGUCGUGUAUUUCAACAAAACUGAAAUAUAAGGACAGACGAGCCCAAAACCUCCGAACCUGAAAUGGAGUUCGUUAAAUACUGUAUCUUCAUUUGCCUCGUAAAAUGAAUUAUAAUGAUCGUAUCACUAUUUACAUGAAGCACAUCUAUUUUUGUACGCCGUCGUCAUGUGGAUACAUGUUUCUGAAUGAACAGACUGAUUUUCAAACAGGGAAUACUAUACAAAAAACAACAGGCUGUGUCAUUCACUCGGGACACGUAUUUGGAUCUGAGGUGAACGUCUCAAGAAUAAAGAUGAGUCAAAUCAAAGGACUUCAUGCGGAUGCUACUAAUUCUGCCUGGAGCCCUGUAGUCACCAUAGCAACCACCGUUUCCCAGGCAACCCCAUCUAAUGUUGCCAUGGGAUCCCUCUGCGUUUCCACGGCAACCUCCCAGAUGGUUCUAAAGCCUUCCAAAUAAAGAGCAAGCCGCUGUGCAGAAAAAAACACAGGCUUGUCAGCGAGAGAAAGGGAUCAAUCUGACAAAAAAAUAAAUAGCAAUGUCAUUAAAAAAAUAAAUAAAUACAAUUCCUUUUAGAUGUACACAGACAGACGGCUGUGCAUUGAAUACAACGUGGCCCCUCUAAUUAGAUACUAUUGGCCUAUAUAUUGAACUAUGUUAGAUACACGCCCUCAUUGUAUAGCCCUUUACAAAAGUAACUUCCACGUGAAACCCAACACCAGUACACGUCACGUAGGCAUGGCCAUAUCUAAACACAUCAGAUUGAGACGCGAAACGACGGGAGAUUAAAUCCGCGAGUCCUCCUAAAAACAAGAACGCGUACAAACAACCAUUCUAUCAACCCAGAAUACCCCCCCCCCCCCCCCUCCCCCCUCAACAAGAACACCACUGGGAGGAUGGGACCGUGAAAAGAAAGUCACCUGCGUUACUUCAAUCUACCACCAGGGAGUGCUAUUCACCGCCACAUGGGGAAGUGCCUGGAAAGACCAAGAGUACACGGGUUCAAGCCCAACGCAGUCCACAUCAGUACAGGUUUUGGUACAGUAGGAGACUCCUAGUAAACAAGGUAUUUUGAGCACCACCCUGAAGCACAUAUCAAAGCCCUGGUACUCGCACCUAUAGUGAGUAAUAUUUGAAUGAAGUGGGUGUGCAGGGCUGCGUUCUGGCUGUGUGAAAUCGUUGAUCCACAGGGAGCCACCAGACACCUGGGGAAGUCCAGCAGACACCUGCAGGGCUGGCCUUGUCCUCCAGGGGGUGCUAUCCCCUGUGGCGCUCCUGGGUGUAAAGUGGCAGUUGGCUUGUUGGUGGAUCGCUGCGGUGAGGGAACACAGCUACACAUUCUCAGUGGGGGUUGAUAAAAACGCGGGUGAAAUAAUAGGCUAGCCUUUGCUUCUAAUCAAGUCCCGUUGCGUUGUGUCAGGAUAAAACAGGCUUCUUCUGAAUGAGUGCCACAUGAAGCCACUCUGAAGCUCAACAGGGAACAGCUGAGAAUGGGAUUGAGACUUGGCUGUUCCACCGUGCUCUCGGCACAUGGAGUUGAUUAUAAUAAUCCUGGGUUACAAUGUAUUCCAGGAGGCUUGCUUCCCUCCCAGAAUGAAAAUCGAUGUGAAGAGAAUAUUAAUAAGAGCUGGGCCGGGUAUUUCGAGGCACCAGAUGUUCUUGAGUAAUGAAAGCAUCCCGGGCCCCUGCAGGACCGGUUUAAUGUGACCGCUCCCACAAUGAAGCUGGUUCUAGCUCAAGGCAGUGGACUGAUUUUAAAAGAAGAUUUACAAAAAGAGAUCGAGAGAUGCCAGCUCACAAGCAACAGCUGCAUUACCUGACCUCUCUGCCUUCAACGCCAAGCCUGUGGCAGUUACUCAGCUCCUGAAUACAGCACGAGACGUGACUCUUGAGAGAGAGAGAGGAGGGACGUCUCCAGCGACAGGCACAGACUGCCUUUUCACACAGCGCCUAUCCCACACCCUGACGGCAAGCCGUGUAGAAGAGAAGUGAGCCUCUUCAUGUGAAUCUGCCAAUGUUCUGUCACUACCUUGUUAUUUGAAUGAGUGGUCUUUGACCGUACGGGCCCAUGAUAAUGCUGCUGUUGCCGGGCAGCGCUCUGUACUGUAGAGCACUCCGAGCACUCUGUAUAGUGCACUGGGAUUCUUUGAGAGAAUCUCACAUUUGUAGCAACGGACGAUAAAAACAGGAAACCAAAAUCGUGACUGCAUGAACAGAGCUGGCUAGGAUUGCAUUUCUUUCCACCUUUAUUUUUGUAAUUAGUUUUAUUUUUUAUGACAUGUAAUGGGCUGGCUUGUCGGUUCAGUAAGCUGGGCCUAUGAAUACAGAUUGCUGCUCAAUUGCUUCUGUAAAUGGUUACGACUGUUUUGUACGGAAUAAAAGUGCUGUUAGUGUGUUCUGGUUCUGAGUGGCGUGACAGGCGGGGAGUCGAUGGUUUAUUAGUGUUGCUGUUGUGUGUAAAGGUCUGGGAACAGCCAGUGAAUUUCAGUCAUCAUUCUGAAGAUCAUUUCUUUCAAAACGAAGCUAACAGCAGCUAGCGACACCGACACUAGAAGAAGAAAAGGCUGUCAAGUUAGACAGACUGCAAGUGUCUUCAAAGGAAAUGCAGCCAACUAAAAUAGCAUGGCGGGGGGGUGACCACCGCUGUAUUGACAGUGUUAUGGCAGGUUGUUCUCGUGGUCUGCCUCCUCCCCAGGUUCCUACACGGAGGGCAGCACUGAUAGGAAUGAACGAACGCUGUGUGUGUGUGUGUGUGACCCUGGGGAGCGUUCUCAAGAGCAGAUCCAGGGAUGGGAGCCAUUAGGUGACACAAGCAUACAAGCUGAUCAAAAUGGGUUCAGUAUCAAAGUCAUGGUAGGCAGCAGAGCUCUCUCAUGCAAAAUCUGUAAAAGAUUGCUUCAAUGAUUUCAGCCAUUUAGAGUGCUUAAUCCAUAUGUAGGGUGUGGGUUUACUGUAUAUUAACUGAUUAUUAGCUAAAUAAAACUGAUCAUUUGUUAAAAAAAAAAUCUAGUCGGAUUUCUGAAGAAAUAUUCAGUUAUAAAGCAUCAUUCUGAGAAGGUGCUAUGAAUCCUACACUGCGUGCAGUUCAGAUAAAGAGCGAUCGAAUUAUGUGGCCAGGAUGGUACAAAUUCUUAAACUGAAAAGUUCACAGAAAGCCAUUUAAAAAAAAGCCAUUAAAAUGGCAAGCUUCUCGCACCUCAGAAUAGCGGCUGGUGAUUUUUCGCUGGAGCUUGAACAAUACUUUCUUUGUCUCCUAUCACAGCAAUCUGUUAUACAGAAAAUUGCAGCAACGAGAAUGGAAUCGAUAAAUGGUCAUUCAGCUUGGCUGCGUGCUAUUUGAGAACCACUGAAAUUGGACUGUGUGCUUUUCUGGUGCUAUAA